AUGCUUGAAGGUUAUCCAUUACCACAAGGUGCUGGUUAUGCAAUUCUUGUUGGUUUAGGUGCUGUAUUUGCCCUUGGGAUGAUUGCAGUUACUGCAAUGUUGAGAAGAUAUCAAAAAGAAAUCAUUACUGCUGAAGAAUUUGCUACUGCUGGUAGAUCUGUUAAUACUUCAUUAAUCGCAGCUGCUGUUGUUAGUUCUUGGACUUGGGCUGCAACUUUGUUACAAAGUACCACACAAGCUUAUAAAAAUGGUAUAUCUGGUGGAUUUUGGUAUGCUUCAGGUGCUUGUGUUCAAGUUAUCCUUUUUUCUGCACUUUCAAUUAAAUCAAAACAAAUUGCUCCUGGUGCUCAUACUUAUUUAGAAAUUAUUAAAUGUCGUUAUGGGAAAAUUACUCAUUUAAUUUAUACUUAUUUUGCAGUUGCAACAAAUAUCUUGGUUACUGCAAUGUUAUUAGCUGGUGGUUCUGCAACUGUUAAUUUCUUAACUGGAAUGCAUCCUGUUGCUGCAAUUUUCCUUUUACCUUUAGGUACUAUUGUUUAUACUUUAUUUGGUGGUAUUAAAGCAACAUUCCUUACUGAUUAUGUUCAUACUAUUGUUAUUGUGGUUAUUAUAUUUGUAUUUGCAUUUGCUGUUUAUGCUUCAAGUCCUUUAUUAGGUUCUCCAGGUGUUGUUUAUGAUAAAUUAACUGAAUUAGCCAAAACAAAACCAAUUGAAGGUAAUCACGAGGGAUCAUAUCUAACUUUUAAUUCAAAAUCUGGUGGUUUAUUCUUUGUUAUAAACAUUGUGGGAAAUUUUGGUACUGUUUUCUUAGAUCAAGGUUAUUGGAAUAAAGCUAUUGCUGCAUCACCUGCUGCUGCUUUACCAGGUUAUGUUCUUGGUGGAUUAGCAUGGUUUGCAAUUCCUGCAUUAAUUUCAACAACUUUAGGACUUGCAUGUCGUUGUUUAGAAGAUUCUCCAAGUUUUAUGUAUUAUCCAAAUGGUCUUUCAAAUGAACAAGUUGCUGAAGGUUUAGUUUUACCAGUUGCUGCUUAUACCCUUUUGGGUAAAGGUGGUGCAAUGGCUUCAUUAUUAUUAGUUUUCAUGGCUGUUACUUCUGCAAUGAGUGCUGAAUUAAUUGCUGCAUCUUCAUUAUUUACUUAUGAUAUUUAUAAAUCUUAUAUUAACCCACAAGCAUCUGGUAAAAAAUUAAUUAUGAUUUCUCAUGCUACAUGUAUUGGAUUUGGUGCUUCAAUGAUUGGGUUUUCAAUUGGAUUACAUUAUGGUGGUGUUUCAAUGGGAUUUCUUUAUGAAUUAAUGGGUGUUAUUAUUUCAUCUGCUGUUUUACCUGCUUCAUUAACAAUUUUUUGGUCAAAACAAAAUUGGAUGGCUGCUACAAUUUCUCCUGUUCUUGGUUCAAUAGUUGGAUUAAUUAGUUGGAUUGCUUCAGCAAAAUCAUUAUAUGGUUCUGUUACUUAUGAUAAUUUAUUUGAAGAUCAUGUUAUGUUGAUUGGUAAUAUUGUUUCAUUAUUAUCCCCGGCAAUUUUCAUACCAAUUUUAACAUUUGCAUUUAAACAUGAAUCAUUUGAUUGGGAAAUCCUUAAAUCUAUUUCACGUGUUGAUGAAACCGAGGAAAUUUUAUCAAGUGAAGGUGAACCAUUACCUCAAGAUAAAGAAUCUGGAGGAUUAAAUCCAAUUACAUCAGUUGCAACUAUAGGUAAACAAUUGGCAAAAUCAAAUAAAGAAAAAUUAUUACAAGAAGAAACUGAACAUUUAGCAAAAUCUGCUAAAUAUGCUUCAUGGAUUUGUGCAUUUUUUGCAUUAGCAUUUUUAAUAUUAUGGCCAAUGCCAUUAUAUGGAUCAAAAUAUAUUUUUUCAAAAAAAUUUUUCACAGGUUGGAUUACAGUUUUAUUAAUUUGGUUAUUUUUCACUGCUUUUAUGGUUUGUAUUUAUCCAUUAUGGGAAGGUCGUUUUGGAAUUUUUACAACUUGUAGAGGUCUUUAUUGGGAUUUAACUGGUCAAACUUAUAAAUUAAGAGAAUGGCAAAAUUCAAAUCCUGAUCAAUUACAUGUUGUUAAAUCUCAAAUUAGUAAUGCUAUUCAUGAACAUGGUAAUAGUGAUGAUGAUGUUGAUAAGAUUAGAUAUAUUGAUGAUGAAUUAAAACAAUGA